AUGGCAGAGCAAGAGAGCCAAGUUUGGCCAUUGGCACCCUCCAGACUGCAUCGCAGAAGCGAUGAAGAAAACCCUACUUUCAAAGCCAUACGCAGAGAAAGAAGCAACAAGUGUUUCGUCUAUGUGUUUGCUGCGAUUGUCCUCCAAAGCAUAUUAAUCUUGGUCUUUGCUUUGGUUGUUCUUCGUGUUAAAUCACCUGGUUUUAAUCUCAGCUCUGUGGUAGUCAAAAAUCUCAAGCACACAACUUCGCCAACUUCUUCUCUCAAUGCAACUUUGGUCACCGAGUUGGCCAUAAAGAACAAGAACUUUGGCGAGUACAAGUUUGAGGGCAGCAGCGCGAGUUUGUGGUAUGGAGGGUUUAAAGUUGGCGAGGCCAAGAUUGGGAAGGGGAGGGUUAAAGCGAGAGGGACGAGGAAAGUGAGUUUGAGUAUUGAAGUUAGGUCAAAUAGGCUGCCUCAGGAGGCUAAGAAUGGUUUUGAAGGUGAGAUAAAUUCUGGGUAUUUGAAGAUCAGCAGCUAUGCCAAGCUGAGUGGGAAAGUGAAUUUGAUGAAGAUCAUGAAGAAGAGGAAGACCAUUGAUACGAACUGCACCAUGGUGGUUGUUUUGAAGAGCAGGACUGUCAAGGAUUUAUUUUGCAGAUGA